AUGCCGGAUCUCGUGGCACCAGCGAAGCAGGACCCUUUGUCCGUAGGACUGUGCGUGCUGGCGGCCCAGCUGCAGGAGCUCAACCUCAGAGCCUUUGUCACCGAACAUCUCUUCCCUGUCCCCGAUGCGGAACCUUCGGCGCAGUGGUCACGCAUGCGACGGCUCACUGUCGAGUUUCACCCGCUGCGACCAGACGGCAGCUGGUAUUUCGUCGGCCCGCGAGGCGAGGAUCCCCAUCCUGAGGGCUUCGUCAUCUCCGAAGCCGACCACUAUCCGCCUCUGCAGUCCACCGCGGAGGACGAGAAGAUAGACAAGCAGUGGGACGAGGAUCCCCAAGGCGGAGAAGAGGUUGAUUAUUUCCCAGACGUCUUCCGCACCGAGCCGCUCGCGGACAGGAUCGAGCCUCUGCUCUCGGCCUUUGCCUCGGCAGUGAAGAACAUGGGCGCCCUCGAGGACGCGGAGCUCUUUGCUUACCUGGCUUGGUAUCCUUCCGAAAGCAGGUCAGACGAGUACGGAGACGAGGCGCCGUACGACUGCGAAAACGGUGUGCAUAGGUGGGGUGUGCGAUACCUCGCUGGUGGGAAUGGUGACGAGGGACAAGUUCAAUCAUUGGUACAGUGGCAGGUCGGUGACUGGAGACCAAGUCAGAGCGUGUUGAGACUUUUUGAAGAUCUGGGACGGCAGGAGUGGUUGGACUUUGAGUUUGAGGAUGAAAGGAACAUAAAGCCCCAUACUGUCGCUUAG